CCCCUUACUGUCUGCCAUGACCGUCCUCCACAAUACGCGACUGUAUUCUUUGUACCUCCCCUUUCUCGCCCUCAGUCUGUGCAUCCCAGCCUCCCUUCCUAGAUAUCCAUCCCACACCUCUCCACCCGCAAACGGCUCCUACGGUGCGAAAAAAGAGAGCAGAACAGUUUCAAACACGUCGACAUAAAUCUCACUCCUCGAGCUCCCCUUUUCUCCUCUCCCUCCUGACGGACUUGGUUACUUUAUUCCUCUGCGCGCCAAUGCCCGAGACCACGCAGAAACGGAGGAUUUUUUCCCCUUGAGCAUGAAAAGGAUUGCCAGAUCAUCCGCAAUCCAACAUCACCGACUGAGCCACCAGCAUGAGCACUGGAUACAUAUGCUCCAGCAGAAGUUGUUGGCCAGAGAACUAACAAAUCUUGGACCACAGAUACAGCGAAGAGGGGAGAGUCAGUUUUAGGUCUCCACACAAUGGAGCGAGAAUGAACAGAGAGCGGCUUAAAAAAAAGCAUGAACUGGAGGUUUAUUGAGGUCAUCUGCUUCCUGUUUAUAUGGGACCAUAUAACAGUUCAGUCUUCCCGCCAGGACCCGUUGGCCACUGAACAACAUGUCACCAAGCAAUAUGACUGGCUCAUCUCUGACCGUGGACCUUUCCACCACUCUCGGAGUUAUCUGUCCUUUGUGGAAAGAUUCCGUCAAGGAUUUACGACCAGAUAUAAAAUUUAUAGGGAAUUUGCACGUUGGAAGGUGAGAAACACCGCCAUCGAGAGACGGGACCUCAUCCGCAACCCGGUGCCGCUCAUGCCUGAGUUCCAGCGCAGCGUUCGCUUGCUGGGCCGCCGACCCACCACACAGCAGUUCAUCGACACCAUCAUUAGAAAAUAUGGAACUCACAUUCUCAUCUCAGCCACCCUGGGAGGAGAGGAGGCCCUGACUAUGUACCUGGCCAAAAACAAGCUGGACAGGAAGCUUGCCAACGCGACGCAGAAUGUGGAAGCCCUUCAUCAGCUGGCCUCGUCCUACUUCAUCGACCGUGACGGCACAAUGAGGAAACUGCACGAGAUCCAGAUUUCAACCAACGCCAUCAAGGUGACCGAGACACGGACGGGGCCGCUGGGGUGCAGUAGCUAUGACAAUCUGGACUCAGUCAGCUCAAUCCUUCUCCAGAGCCCGGAAAGCAAACUUCAUCUGCAAGGUCUUCAGGUCAUUUUCCCAGAAUACCUGCAGGAGAAGUUUGUCCAGUCGGCUCUGAGCUACAUCAUGUGCAAUGGAGAAGGGGAGUACGUGUGCCAUAACAACCAGUGCAUCUGCCAGUGUGCGGAGGAGUAUCCCCAAUGCAACUGUCCCAUCACUGACAUCCAGAUCAUGGAGAACACCCUGCUGGGGAUGUCUGAGUCGUGGGCCUCUUCUUAUAAGGACUUCGAAAACUCCGAUGAGUUCAAGUCCUUCCUGAAGAGGUUGCCUUCCACUCAUUUCCUGCCCAUCAGCAGUGUGCAUCUCCUCUGGGGCAGCGACUGGGACCUGCAGGCCCGCUACCGGCUCCUCCAGAGCUCCCUGGAGAUCCAGCGACUCAAGAUCCAGCGCACCGCCCGCAAGCUCUUUGGCCUCAGCAUCCGUUGUCACCAUAAUCCUAACCACCAGAUGCCUAGGGAGAGAUCUGUGAUGCAGUGGCUCAACAGGGUUCAGUCCUUCCUCUACUGCAAUGAGAAUGGGUUUUGGGGAACCUUCCUGGAGAGCCAAAGGACAUGUGUGUGCCACACAGGUGUCACACUGUGCCAGCGACCCAUACCGUGUGUCAUAGGUGGCAACAACAGCUGUGCCAUGUGCAGCCUGGCCAACAUCUCACAAUGUGGCUCCUGCAACAAGGGCUACAAGUUGUACCGCGGUCGCUGCGAGCCCCAGAAUGUGGACUCAGAACGUAGCGAGCAGUUCAUCAGCUUUGAAACUGACCUGGACUUUCAGGACCUGGAGCUCAAAUACUUGUUGCAGAAAAUGGAUUCACGAUUGUACAUCCACACUACCUUCAUUAGCAAUGAGAUCCGCCUCGAGACAUUCUUCGACCCACGGUGGCGCAAACGCAUGUCCCUGACUCUCAAAAGUAACAAAAACCGGAUGGACUACCUCCACAUGAUAAUCGGUUUAUCGAUGAAGAUCUGCCAGAUGAGAAAUAGCAGCAUUGACCCCAUGUUCUUUGUUUAUGUCAACCCAUUCAGCGGGAGCCACUCGGAAGGCUGGAGCAUGCCAUUUGGCGAGCAUGGGUACCCACGCUGGGAAAAAGUACGAUUGCAGAACUCGCAGUGCUUCAACUGGACUCUGCUUUUGGGAAACCGGUGGAAAACUUUCUUUGAGACGGUGCACAUCUACCUGCGCAGUCGUGCCAAGAUCCCGACCGGCCUCCGCAACGACACGGGACAGGGCCCCGUGGAUCUCGCAGACCCCAACAAACGGCAGAUCUACAUCAAAAUCUCCGACAUCCAAGUUUUCGGUUACAGCCUGCGCUUCAACGCCGACCUGCUCCGCAGUGCCGUGCAGCAGGUCAACCAGUCGUACACGCAAGGAACCCAGUUCUACUCGUCCUCAUCGGUCAUGCUCCUGCUACUCGACAUUCGGGAUCGGAUUAACCGCCUCGCGCCGCCGUCCGCUCCCGGCAAACCCCAGCUGGACCUCUUCUCUUGUAUGCUGAAGCAUCGGCUGAAGCUCAACAACAGCGAGAUGAUUCGGGUCAAUCAUGCCUUGGACAUGUACAGCACAGAAAUACUAAAACAAUCAGAUCACCUGACUGCUAAACUUUGUUGAACCCAACAUUAACAUAAGGAGCGCAGACUAAACAGAAACACCCGACAACUAUGAACUAUGAGGGGAUAUUAAUCUUUUUCUUUUCUCUUUUUCAUUUUUUGACCUUUUCUGCCUUUUGAUGUAAUAUUAACUUUGUAAGCAUAAUUCUUAAAGAGAAAAAGGAAAAGGCAUUGAUGAAAAGCUUUUUUUCUGUCAGAUAAAGAAGAGUAAUGGAACCACUUUAAGGACUGUAUCAUAUUUGUCCCAGCAUGUCUGUAAUUCCCUAAAAGAACUUAAAAGAGAGAGAGAGAGAGAGAGGAAAAAAAAAAUUAAAUCUAUGUACUGGUGAAAAAGAGGCCUUGAUUUUGCUUGGAGGGAUCAAAGGUUAUAUCUGAAACUGCCAUUCUUUAUUGAGGAAAAAAAAAAAAAACAACAACACAUUUUUAAAGAAAAACAAUAUAACACAAGGGCAGAUCAGAUAUCAUUUUAUUUCAGCAAAUGUGCAAAAUAUUUCGGACAUAAAGGACAGUUUAUUAUUGAAAAAAAAAGAAAAGAUGUUUAUACAUUGUAAGGAUUAAAUAGCCCUAGUGAGUAAGUAGUCAACACAUUACUUAUAGACUCUUUAUGACAUUUCAGACCCACGGUGAAUCUGCAUUGCUCUUUGUGAGUUAUGAGGCACUCGAUCAUUGUUCUGACACAUAAGGCACACAGCAGGGCAGUAAUGGAUAGUCAUGUCAAAUAACAAAAGCCAGCUGUUUAUAUAUACAUAUAUAUGUGGGUGAAUGUGUGUGUAUGUGUGAGUGUGCGCGCGUCUUUUUCUUUGGCUUGAUGCUUAUUGCUGUCUGUUAAUUGAAUGUGUCAUUUGAGAUUGACUCCAGUCUUUGCUGAAUCUUGCAUUUGGAGCGCUUCUUCCCGUGUUUGAAAUUCAAGCUGUGUUUUUCACAAGGCAGUACCUCCUGGUGCGUGAGUGCAAUAUUGUGGUCUGAAGAUUUAACAAUCAAUGCUAUUUUGUACAGCUUUGCAAAAUGUACAUGUUGUGACUGCUGAUUUGUGAAGCUUUUCAGCACCAAGAGCAAAAUAUAAACAUUCAUCAUUCAGGCACAUUUGCGAGAGAACUUAAAGCCAUACACUUCCCUGAGGUAGACAUACAGUGAGGCAUAAAGUUCAUCACUAUUACACCGAUCUCAUAACACUGGAAAAAGAAAAACCUUCCAUUUGAGUGUUUUUUUCUUUAUUCUCUCAGAUGAUUUCAGAUAAGAGCACAGCAAAAAGGAAGAUGACAAGUGAAAGCGUACCACAAUGACCUAUGAUCGUGUUGUAAAGCCAUUCAAUUUCUAUGUUGUGCCACAGGAAAAAAUAAAAAAAACAAGAAAAAAGGAAAAAAAAAAAAGAAGAUAUGGUUAUAUUAAAGCUUAAAAUACGUUUUGGCAGUGUUUAAUAUGUACGCUUUUUAUGGCCAUGUGUAAAAAUGUCUGUUUAUUUUUUUUUUUCCGUUUGGAGAUAUGAAAUUGAACAUGUUUUGCAUGUUGCCAGAAGCAUCAUCAGAGCUGA